GAUCGAAGGCUGCAGGGCCUGGGGAAGCCGAGUUCUUCUCGGCAGCAGGAGGCUCCAGCCGUGGGCGGGGCAGUGGCGGGGGCUGGGCCGGGGAUCCCCGCGCCGCGGAGCCGGCUGCGGCAAAGGGGCGUGAGUAGGCGCGGCCGCACUGCGCAGGCGCAAACUCGCGUCCUCAGGGCUGGGCGCGCACCCGCUGCGGGGUCGCGUGCACGAGCCGGUCGGCGGGCCGUGACGUGCGCCGUGCGACGCUCGACGUCACGGGGUCGUGUGGUAGUGGUGGCCGAACUUCACGAGCGGCUGCGCUUGACGCGGGUGCGGCGGCCGCUGGGUGCGGCGUCCCGGGGUCGCAAGGCGCCGCCGCCGCCGCCGACGAGGAGCGGAAGGCCCAGCGUGCCCCUCCUCCACCACCUACGGGGUCGCCCGCCCCCGCCCCUCCCGGCCCGCGCGGCUUCCUCGCUUCCAGUGCGGAUUGGCGGGGCCGCGGCGGCCAGGGGAGCGGGGCCCGAGCGUGACGCGGUGCGCGUCCCUCGCCGCGAGGGCUCCGGACUCCAUGUGAAGGAAGGACGGGCCUGCGCCGGCCCCUGACCCCUGACCCCCGGUCGCCGGCCCUCGGCACGCGCGGCCUCGGGACUGAGCGCUGGGCGGAGGGGGAGGCGGCGGGAGGCCCGUCCCCGGUGGAGGCCUCGCGGAGCGCCGGCAGUAAAGAAUGCUGCUGGGAGAACCGUUCCCCUAAUCUUCAAAUUAUCAAGCUGGUUGCUAUGAUGGAUGACCAGCAAGCUUUGAACUCAAUCAUGCAAGAUUUGGCUGUUCUUCAUAAGGCCAGUCGACCAGCACUGUCUCUACAGGAAAACAGAAAAACAAAAUCUCUAUCCCCCAAAAAACAGAAUGAUGUUCGAGUCAAAUUUGAACAUAGAGGAGAAAAAAGAAUCCUUCAGUUUCCUAGACCAGUAAAACUAGAAGAUCUGAGGUCUAAAGCUAAAAUCGCCUUUGGACAGUCCAUGGAUCUACACUAUACCAAUAAUGAAUUGGUGAUUCCAUUAACAACUCAAGAUGACUUGGACAAAGCUGUGGAAUUGCUGGAUCGUAGUAUUCAUAUGAAAAGUCUCAAGCUAUUACUUGUAAUAAAUGGAAAUGCACAGGUUACUAAUUUAGAACCAUUGCCAUCACUAGAAGAUUUGGAUAACACAGUAUUUGAAGCAGAAAGAAAAAAGCGGCUUUCUGUCAUAGGUUCUACUAGUAGAGAUAGAAGCUCCCCUCCCCCAGGAUACAUUCCAGAUGAAUUACACCAGGUGGCUCGGAACGGGUCAUUCACAAGUAUCAACAGUGAAGGAGAAUUCAUCCCAGAGAGCAUGGACCAAAUGCUGGACCCAUUAUCUUUAAGCAGCCCUGAAAAUUCUGGCUCAGGAAGUUGUCCAUCCCUUGAUAGUCCUUUGGAUGGAGAGAGUUAUCCAAAAUCACGAAUGCCUAGGGCCCAGAGCUACCCAGAUAAUCACCAGGAAUUUUCAGACUAUGACAACCCUAUCUUUGACAAAUUUGGAAAAGGUGGAACGUACCCAAGACGGUAUCAUGUCUCAUAUCACCAUCAAGAUUAUAAUGAUGGUCGAAAAACUUUUCCAAGAGCUAGAAGAACCCAGGGGACCAGCUUCCGGUCUCCUGUGAGUUUCAGUCCUACUGAUCACUCCUUAAGCACUAGCAGUGGCAGCAGCAUCUUCACCCCAGAGUAUGACGACAGUCGAAUAAGAAGAAGGGGGAGUGACAUAGACAAUCCUACUCUAACCGUAAUGGACAUCAGUCCUCCCAGCCGCUCACCUCGUGCUCCGACCAACUGGAGACUGGGCAAACUUCUUGGCCAGGGAGCCUUUGGCAGGGUCUACCUCUGUUACGAUGUUGACACGGGAAGAGAACUGGCUGUCAAGCAAGUGCAGUUUGACCCUGACAGCCCAGAGACCAGCAAGGAAGUGAAUGCACUUGAAUGUGAAAUCCAGUUGUUGAAAAAUUUGCUGCAUGAGCGAAUUGUUCAGUAUUAUGGCUGUCUGAGGGAUCCCCAGGAGAAAACCCUCUCCAUAUUUAUGGAGUAUAUGCCAGGGGGGUCAAUUAAGGACCAAUUGAAGGCAUAUGGAGCUCUCACUGAGAAUGUGACUAGAAAAUACACCCGUCAGAUCCUGGAGGGUGUUCAUUACUUGCACAGUAAUAUGAUUGUUCAUAGAGACAUCAAAGGUGCAAAUAUUCUGCGAGAUUCAACAGGCAAUGUCAAACUAGGAGAUUUUGGAGCCAGCAAGCGACUUCAGACUAUCUGCCUUUCGGGGACAGGAAUGAAGUCUGUGACAGGCACACCAUACUGGAUGAGCCCGGAAGUGAUUAGUGGAGAAGGCUAUGGCAGGAAAGCAGACAUCUGGAGCGUGGCCUGUACUGUGGUAGAGAUGCUUACGGAAAAGCCUCCUUGGGCUGAAUUUGAAGCAAUGGCUGCAAUCUUUAAAAUUGCCACUCAGCCAACAAACCCCAAAUUGCCCCCUCACGUUUCGGACUAUACCCGGGAUUUCCUCAAGCGGAUCUUUGUAGAGGCCAAACUGCGACCUUCAGCAGAUGAACUCUUACGGCAUAUGUUCGCACACUAUCACUAGCGGCUGGCGGCUCCCCCGGCCAUUUGCCUUCUCUCUGACUGCACUUUGCUUUUUUAUAAAAAGAGAGAUGGGGAGGAAAAAGACAAGAGGGAAAGUAUUUCUCUUGAUUCUUGUUUAAGUUUAUGUAAUAAUAGUAAACUAAAGUUUUUAUAUUUAACCUUUGUUUUCCCUUGCAAGAGAACUUGAAACCUUUUUUUUUUUUUUUUUUUCAUUUUUUUAUAAUGUACUGAUGUGGUUCAGAGAGACAAAGCACUUUAGUACAUAGUCACUCUUUAUAGUACAAACAAAUCAUUGGGAUACCUGUAGAUCGUAGAGUCUUCAUCCUUCAUCACUGACCCUUUGGUGGUGGUGGUGAGACAUGGAAAAGAAAAGGAAAUAUAAUUGAUAGUUUUUAGUGAUAGUGUUUAAAGUAGAUCCUGAUUUGUGGGGUUGAACCCUAAACUGGAGUUUAGGGCAGGGACUCCACUUAAAAGAAGAUAGACUCCUUCCUAUAUCUGUAUUCCAAGCCAAAACUCUGUGUCUACCAAGCUUUUUUUGCUCAGUAGAAAUCUUGUUUUUUUUUAAAAAAAAAAAAAAUACAAAUCUUAAGAUGUAUAUUUGUUAAUUCCACCAGUAUAAUAAGCAAAUAUACCAUAAUAGACCCAUGUUACUGGAACCUGUAAAUCUUGAGGGAUAGCUCCUGCUUAAAACAAAAACCAUAUUUUAAAGCAGAUAUGAGAAGUCAAUGUGCAAAUAAUCCAAAUGAAAACACAAGGAAAUUGCUCUAAUUAAAUGUGUGAGCAGAAGAGGAAAAGCAAAAGGGAAAAGAACAAAAUGUUGUUUAGCGCAUUUGAAAGCGUUCUUCACUUGAGACGUGAGUCCCAAAACUUAAGAGAAAGGAGGGGGGAAAUCAGAAUCAUGUAUACUAUCUUCCUGUUUCUGACUCCUGGUUGGUUCUCCGUAGGUGACAUCCUUUAGGAACUAAGCAUAUAGCCCAGAGCACCCAUGUCUUAAAGCUAGCAAUUGUUGAUGAGGUAAAACCUUCAUCCCUGGAAUCACAGAAUAUUAAAACACCUCCAAAAGCAGCUGUCAUGUCAAACAGUGGUUCUUAAGGGCAAGAAGGCAAUACUUGACUUUGGGCAGUACCUGAAGAGUCUUUAUUGUCACAAGGAGGAGGAUGAGACUAGCAUCUAGUGGGCAAAAGCCAGGAUGCUGCUGAACAGACCAUAAUAUGUAUACAAAGACAGCAGUCCCCCCCCCACCACAAGCAUGUCCCUGCCCAAAAUGUUACAGGUGCUGAAGUUGGAAAACCUAUGAUGUCAUGGCCAGACCUAGUUAUAAAACAACAACUGUUUGCAGAACCACAGUCCUUGUAGAAAAUAAACCUGAGCAGGUGAUGUAGUGAAAAGUGAAGGUUUGUGAAAACAGAUGCUAUUAAGGGUGAAUGCCCUUGACAGACAGCCUGUAGUGAUCCUUUGUUUACCAGCUGCAUGAAUCCAAAAAAGCAGCCUCUACUUUAGAAGUGAACUAAGUUUCUUCACAGUCUCUAAACUCAGCCAAUGGUGUUUUUCUUUGCUCAGAAGUCAAUUCACAAUUGUAAGAAGGUUAUCAAAGCAAAGUAUUAACUACUUUAUAAAAACAUUAAAAAAUGCCAGGUAUUUCCAUUAAGAGCUAGAACAUUGAAAAGACAGAGACAGCUGGGAAAGUCCCACUGUCUCUAAUAGAAUUGUGCUACUGAAAAACAGUAUCUUUAUUUUGGCUACUUAGAAUUGUUCUCAGCAUAUUAAAGCAAGUGCUGAGUACUCAGGUUUUAAAGGUCUAGAAAACAGUUUUCCUGGAAGCCCUCAAUGGGAGGCAUUUCAUGGAAUGAAAUACUAAAAAGUAUGCUUUUUCAGAGACUUUUAGAUACUUUAUUCCUUGGUUACUAUUUGGCUUAAGUGUUCAAAUUGUAUUUGUCAUUCCCUCUAUAAAUACCGAAAUCCUACUAGCUAGUCUCAAAAGAGGCAGCUUGCAAGGAAAAUAGGAGUUGGACUCUCUCUCUUUCUCUCUCUCAAAAAGCAACUGCCAAAUCUCAUGCAAGGAUGCAGGUCUGCUAUCAUUUCUAUACCUUUAAUGGGCGAGGGAAUCUCUUCUGUUUGUGUGAAAAGAUCAUGGUAGUUGGGGCAGUGGACUUUUUAUUUCAUAUUUAUUUUUUCUUGUGUAGUAGUGACUCCCAUUUAGCUCAUUCUUUUCAGGGUAACAAGUGAUGCAGAAUAUGAGGCAAGUGUUCAUUAGAGAGAAAUUUUGGGAGACUGAAAUCCAGUACAAAUUGUUUGCUUUUUUUCAGUCUUUUUCUUUCCUAAAAGAAAAUAUAACCAUUUGAAAAGAACGUACUCUUAACAUUGCUGCAAACAACCUUUGUUUUAUAAGGAAAAUAUUAGUAGUUAUGAGAAAGUAUUAUUCUUUAUUUAAAGACUUAACAGACUUAAUCAUUUACAGAAUUACUAUAUAAAACAUGUGAAUUUAUUUCAAACACCUUGUGAAGGUAUCAAAAGCCACAUUAAAUUUUUUUCCCAUUAAAUCUAAUAUAUAUAUUAAUGCUACAAGAAAAAACUUGAAGGUGGAUGGGAAAUACGAGGCCAAAAUUAAAUUCACAAAAGAAAAUUGUGAAGGAAACACCUUUAUCAGGGGCAGCUAAAUAUAACACUCCAGUUUUUCUUUAUAAUACUGGUAUGGAUCAACAUGAAAUGUGGACUUUUCAGAUGACUCUCCAUGUGUUUUCUUGUUGAAAUACCAGCUGGCACUUUACUGUUUGCUGAGGCUGGACAGUGACCAGACUGCUUGCAGACUUUGUGCCUUCACAGUGCAUUCUGCUUUUGGUAGAACAGACUUUUUGGUGCUGGAGAAGAUUUUACUUGCAGUUUUUUUCUUUUUUGAAUAUCUUUCUACCUAGGCCUUGAGAGACUGACAUUAGUAUGACUUAAAUUUGGACCAAAAUAUAAGAUCUUUUACGCUGCAAAGUAUAUUGAAUAAAAGGGUUGAAAGACACCAUGACUUGUGGAAAUUUUGAUGAUUGGUAAUUCUUAAGAAUGCAUUAAAAAUGUACACAGACUCUGAGAUUUUUCAUCUCACAGAACAUAUUUCCAACUUGAGAAAUGGUUGGCAUGUUGCCUUAAGUAGUUUUCAAAGGCACCGUCACAUAAUUUGUGUGAGGUUGAAGUGUGAUGCACAUGCUGAACUAUAAAACACUGAAGCUUAUAGUAAAUUAAAUUGGCUUUCACUUGGGAAUCUCUAUUUUAUUAAUCUAUUCCCAAUGGAAAUCACACUAAAAUGAUAAAACUAUUUUGGAGCCUCAGGAAUGAGAGUCUUUGCAUAACCAUUAUGCUGUCUAACCCCAUAAAACUAUUUUGAGUAGCUUUCUGCUACUUCAGCUAUUUCAUGUGUCAGGUCUGGUCUGUAGCAUUUCUGAGCUGGGAAUAUGCGAAAUCACCAAGAAAAUCAAGUCUGAAUAGUUUGUAAGGAUGACCAAGCUUGGAUGCACAAGCCAAGACCCUCACUAAAUACAAACCCAUUGACCCACAACAGAGUUCUGUGCUGUCUGUCUCACCUGGAGUCUGGGGACUAGGAGUUUGAUAGGAAAUCAAAUCGAAUGACAGUCAAGCAUAGGAAUAUAGCUUUCUUUUUUAAUCGGGUAGGUUUUUUUCAUCCCCUGUUCCAAAUCAUGGCUUACUAUACCAGGCAGGAAACUCCUCCUGAAGGAUGUGGCAGCCUAGCAGGAAACCUGGGCAAACAUAGUUAUAAAGUCAGGGGAAAGCUUUUGAGGGGACUACUGGCUCUUAGGAAGUAGACCAAGGUCAUUAAGAAUAGGGACUGAAACACAACCUCCAGAAUUGAAGCAACCUCUUAGGAUCCCCUGCGAAACCCAGCUUCCGUGUUUUAUAGUUCAUUCUAUAUUAUACAUUCUAUAACAUAGUGGGGUUAUUUUUCCUGCUGUUACCUUAGUCUGAAUUGUUAAAACGCCCAAUACAUUUGCUAGGAAUUGAACAGUUAGCAGCUAUGUUAUGUAUGCUAGGGUCAGGAUCAUUUUUUGAGACCAGACUGAUUUAUUAUUAUGUUUUGCCUUUGUCACAAAUGUAAUGUUUAUAUUUAUUUGAAUUUUUCUAUUCCUUAAAUGUUAAUGAAAAGAAAUUUAUUAAUUUCAGUAGUGCCUUUUUCUCUGUAUGCCUUAAUUUUAUUUUAUAUCUAUGGUAAUUCAGAUUACCCGCCGAAAUGAAGGUUUCUCCCGAAUCAGUAUGCUGCAAGAAUUCCUCUGGCCUUAGACUGUGUAUUGACCUGUAGACAUUCCUUAAUGUCUGCUGCUUCCUCCUACCCUUUUCUACCUUUUUUCUUUUAAUAGCAGACAGAAGUAAAAUAUCAGCGCUAGUCUGUAGUUGGCAUCCUGUAGUCAGUGUCCACUAGAGAACCUCCUCUAGAAAGACAGAGAACUGGUUAGUGACUUGACUCACACCGUCCCACUCUCACAUGUCAUGGCUCUAUCAUGGUUCCAUUACUACUUGCACAGCUGAAUUGGAAUGGUGAGUUUUGCCCUGAAAAGGUUUAAGUGGUUUGCAGACCUGAAGGCAAUGUCUUAUUUUGGACAAUGAGCAAGAAAUCCAGGUCUAUUGGAUUCUAGUCUUCACUUUUUAAUGUUUUGGCUGAAGUUCUAGCUUACUUUUCUGUGAAGUGUGUGUGUGUGUGUGUGUGUGUGUGUGUGUGUGUGUAGUUGGGCUGGGAAGAAAAGAGAGGGAUGAAUGUUUAGCUAGAUUAGAACCUGUUCAAGAAGAACAGAUCAAGUGUAUUUAACCUGUUGACGGAUGAACAUAACCAUCCUCAGGUAGAAAUGCUAGCACGUCCUACAAACAGCUAGUGCAAAGGAUUAUUUGUUAAAAAGUAUUUAUUGUAGAUUGCCAAACUCUUGUUUGCUAAAAGUAGAUUAACAUUAAAUGUGGAUGUAUGUACAAUAGUGAGCUUAUAUAUAAUUCUUAAAUGAAAGUAAUUAAUUUUCAGUAGUUCUAAACUCUGGAAUAGAAAUUCUAACAGACAUAAUCAAAACAGACUUCUGUGUGUUACUAAGUAUUCAGAAGGAAACUGUCUCAUACCUCUUUUCGGUUGGCUAGGGAAGGUGUGCUGUGAAGCCGUUGUUUAUGCUUUGUCUUCAGUUUGCUUUGACUCCUGCCAUGGUCUGAAUGGAGUGGCUAGCAUAAUAGGUUUGGGCAGCUUCAAGGCCAGCUCUCCAUCCUUAUCUGUCAGAGCUGUCACUGGCAAAGAGCAUUCAGGGGAGUCUGGAGAGUCUUCUCUCAGUGGAGGUGACAGUGAGGACGGCAUGAUUUAAUUUCAGAAAACAGAGAGGAGUCAGCUAUAGGAAGGUAAAAGAGAAAUUAUGUGCUGCCUGUAUACAGUCUCUUCUGGAACUCUUGGCAUUUUUCAUAAUUGUGCACUUAUAUUGACAGUCCUAUUACUUUUGUUCCUAACUGCAAAGGCAUUAAAGUCCUACUAUUGUUCCCUAUGCUUUUUCUUUUACAUCUCAUUUAUAUCUACUGUCUGUUACCAGAGUCACUUUAAACCAAAGCUUUUAUAUUCCCUGUACAUAGAGCCACAGUGAUUAGCACUGUUACUUCUGCCCAGCUGUGAGCUAAUCCUGGAAAAAUUAGAGAGCAGGUACUGGUUGAAUUUGUCUUGAUUUCUCCAAGUGAAAAGUCAGGUGCUCAGUGUUCACAUUUAGAAAUGCUGAAUUUCCUUCAGUGACAAUGAAUCAAUACAGAUGUUCCAAACUUGAGGUUGUACAUGUGCCAAUCUUUGUAAAGUCAUUUGACCACAGACACUUGGGCAUGUUCUCUGGCAUAGGGUGUCUGUUUGGGGGGCAUCCUCUUUUCCUAGUGUCUUAACAUUUAUCAACUUGUUUGUGCUGAGCAGUUCGGGACAACUGCAGAGGAAUAGGUCCUAGACUGACAACUGCUUUGUGCCAUAGACAUUUGGGAGCCUGAGUCAGCACCAGUGGACAUGGCAGAACUUGUUCCCAAAUAAGGAUUUCUGAAUCCUUCCGUGCUAUUGAGUGAAGCUUGUGACCAUGCAGAAAAGCACUUUUUUGUUGACUUAUUUAUAUAUUUAAAAUUUUUGUUUUAUAAAAGCAAUUAUAUGUAGCUAGAAGUAAUUUUGACAUUAAUAUUGCUUGGAGGGGAGACAGAAAUAGCAAAAUUACAUCUUAAAGUUUUGAGAUACUUAGCAUAAAUCAAAAUAGAUCUGGCACAUUCUUGUGUUUCCAGAGACUUUUAUUCCCGAAAUACAAGGAUAGUGGGAAUAUUGGGGCUGGGAAGUGUUAGGAGCAAAAGCAAGUGGCCAAAACCUCACAGCACGCCCUACACCGUUGAAAGUAUAGUGUCUAAGGAUAAAAAGACUUCUAGAACAAGCGGUUGUUUAUAAUUCAAUCUUAAUUAGGAAGUAAAAGGUUUACAUUCUUUUUUAUUGCUGUUGGUUUUAAAACGUGCUACCCUACAUUCUGAAAUAUUAUAGAAGAUGAAUACCAAAAAAACACUGACAUCUCAUAUUUCACAUGGUUCUUUUUAUUCAAAUGUCAUUGUAAAUAAAAGUAAACUUGGUUAUUGAGAAUAAACUUUUAAUUGUUGCCAAUGAUGGUUAUAAAUUUGUAAAUUUUCCCUUUGACUUAAUGUGCAUUUUUUAACGUAGUCAUUAAAUUCUGUUAGUUUCUCUUUGUAGACAUUUUUAGUCUCACUUGAAUGCUGGGCAGUUUAUAAUUAUGUACAAAGGGUUUUCUUUUUCCUAUCAAGAUUGACUUUUUUGCACAUUUUUUGGAAAUGUUUAAUUUGUACACUGAUUUAUUACUCUGACCAAUAAUUAAUUGCUUAUGAGUGUCUGAGCAUCAUGAAUGUGUGCACUGAACUACUGUCUGUGUCUGUGUUUUAACUUCUUCCACAAUGUAGCUAUCAGUAACUGCACUGCAAUUACUGAUUGACUGAAACAACCUUCUUGUUUUCACCAUGUAUAUAUACUUAUCUCUGGUUUCCUUUGUUGAGGAAAUCAGGAGUUCAGUCACUUUCUGAUUGCAUAUGUGUCCUAAAAUCCAUGGCUAAGUUGAAAGUAUUCUUGUAACUCUGUAUCAGGGGAUGUGUGUGUGUGUGUGUGUGUGUGUGUACGCGCGCGCGUGCCUGUGUGAAGAUGUUUUUUCCUAUCUGUUGGCACAUGUAUAUAUUGCAGUAAUAUCUUACUUUCAUUUCAUUUCUACAUUUUUAUGAACUUGUUUUAUAAGGGUACUGUUUAGUUAGAGUAAUUAAAUAUAUAUAAAGGAUUUUGAGAGAUUAUUUACAAUAUGAAUAUAUUUUCAGCUGGCUGAUCAAAACUAUUUUUUUAAUUUCAUUUUUAGCCAUCCAAAAUGUAUUUGUAUUUUCAGAAUUGGAUGUAAAUUGUACUUAGACAUCAAUUAAAAAUACUGUUGCAAAGCAGAGCAUUGAACUCUCUUGGAGAUUCUGUGAAAUGCAAUUUUAAAGGGAGAAACAGAUUUAAACAGCAAAAUCACACUCUUCAUUAAAAUGGCCUUUGAAUUCUCAGAGCUAUGAAAAACGGAAGGAAAUAAAUUGUCUUCAAGAGAUGUCAAGAUUUUUUAUAUAUCCAGUUGCUCUUGGCCUGUCCCACUAUUUUCUAUUUAAAUAUUUCCUUUAUUCUCCUCAAGAGUUUUCAAUUUCUAGUUUUUUCCUUACUGGGCAAGGUCAGUCUGCAUUCAUGAAACUGUAUGUUGACUAUUGUGAUUCUCUGUAAUUGACCAUAAAUUGGGUUAGAAGUGUCCAAACAUGAAUUGCUGUAUGUCUUUCUACUGUAUUGUAUAUUUCAGUAACUGGCAGAAAAACCAACUGGAAGUUAAAUCUCCAGUAAAUGUUACUGUAGUUAAGGAAACAAAAACCAAACUCGUUUUUAAUACGCGGUACCAGGUAAAGUUUAACUGUGUUAGAAGUAAAGUUCACGGUUGAAGUUGAAUGUCCCUAAAUUGAUUGUUACAAAGGAACUGGUGUGAUUAGAAAAACCUACCCAGAAACUAGGUACCAUGUGCUUAUGUGCCACAUUCCAUGCUCAUUGACUUUGUGUUGUUCUUUCAAGACUGUGCUUGUAAAAAAUGUGUACAAUUUUUUAAGUUUUGUAGUUUUCAUGUACUUGUUUUUUCUUGCUGGUAAAUAGCUUUUUUAAAAAAACCUAAUGUACAAGAAACCAUGUUUAUAUUUUUAGUGAUCAAUGACUGUUUCUAUGAAAAUUUGUAUAUUGUUGACACACAGCUUUGUUUAGACUUAUGCAUGAAAGCUUGCAAUAAUUAGCACAAUGAAAAUUGCUUCUUACAUGUUAGUUCAUUUUCUGGAAGAUUGUGGUGCAAAGGCUUACUCUAGGUAACCUUCUGGACUAUGGAGUGAACAUAACUGAAUGGCACUUUGAGUGUUAAUAAAGCUGAUAUUUAUUUCCACUGUG